AGCCCCGAGCGCCGGCAGCCUCGAGUUGUGCUUCCCGUUGAAACGCGGGGUGCGGGGUCGAAGUCAGGACUGCGUUCAUCCUUCUUAUGGUGUUAAAGGUGCGGGAAUGAGGUGCCGGCGUGGUGGGACCUCCAGGUGCUGCCCGAGAAGACGACAGACAGACAGAACUCGUGGUGGGGAGACCUGAUCUUCGGAGGAGGGAAGGAGGCUUGGAUCCGUCAGUAACCCAGGAAGUAUUAGGCUUAUUUUACAUGACUGCGCGCGCUUACAGUCCCGGCAUCACGAAGCAGGAGUUCCUGACCCUGUAGCGCCCAAGGAUGCCCAGUUCCAGCCAUAAAAGUGCAAGCUGGGUAGAAUGGUGCUUGGAUUUCGGAGGUGCUAGGGGGGCAGAGAGGGACCGCUUCCUGGUGUCUGGGGGAAGGAGAAGCGCCCCCGCCCCCCGUUCGGAACGCUCUCCAUCUCCAGUCCCUCAGAGGAAGUCGUGGCGAAGAAGCUGCUUCCAGGCCCCGCGCGCGCCUCUCCGGGUGCCCUUCCCGCUCCCGCGGCGCCUUCGUCCGGGAGGCUCGUCGCGGCGGCCGGACCCGGCCAACUUCCCUUCCAGCCGAGGCGCCUCCUUCCGCUCAGCGCCGCGCGGCUCCGCUCGGGACGUGUCCGCGCCUCCGCGACCACCGGAGCCACUUCGGGGCGAUGCUGGGGCCACCGGUCUGGGCGCUGGUGGCCGGCGUCCUGCUGGCGCUGUCGCCGGGCCGGGCGGGGGGCGCCCCGAGGGCGGGCCGGCGGCCGGCGCGGGCGCGGGGCUGCGCGGACCGGCCCGAGGAGCUCCUGGAGCAGCUGUACGGGCGGCUGGCGGCCGGCGUGCUCGGCGCCUUCCACCACACGCUGCAGCUGGGCCCGCGCGAGCAGGCGCGCAACGCCAGCUGCCCGGCCGGGGGCAGGCCCGCCGACCGCCGCUUCCGGCCGCCCACCAACCUGCGCAGCGUGUCGCCCUGGGCCUACAGCGAAGGCCAGCGGCUGCUCGGCUUCAGGGCCCGUCCUCUCCCUGCAGGAUCUCCUACGACCCCGGCCGCUUCCCCAGGUACCUGCCCGAGGCCUACUGCCUGUGCCGGGGCUGCCUGACCGGGCCGCGCGGGGAGGAGGACGUGCGGCUGCGCAGCGCCCCGGUGCUCGUGCCCGCGGUGGUCCUGCGCCGGACCCCGGCCUGCGCGGGCGGCCGCGCCGUCUACACCGAGGAGUACCUCACCAUCCCCGUGGGCUGCACCUGCAUGCCCGGGCCGGACAAGGAUGCAGACGGCGCCAACUCCAGCCUGGACAAGCCGGCCCGGCCCUGAGCACCCGGCCCCAACCCGGGGACCCCAAGGCCCCGAGGAAACGUGGACGGAGCACCCAGCGCUGGACUGGACUGCACUGCCUGCGAGCCUGACCUCCUGCAUCCCCCGGGGUUCCUCUUGGGCAGGAGCGCAGGGCGGUGAGAGGGGAACUAACCACGUGGCAGCCCUGUGUGGGCGGCCCAAGGCUGGGGCCACCACAGGUGACCCGCUUCGCCAGAGUUCGUUGAGGCUCCUUAAGGCUCCCAGCCACCGACCCCUUGCAACCACGGGUGAUAGCACUGCAAGGACCGCUGGGAGGGGACAGAGCCUCACAAGAUAGAGGGCGGACAGACACUUUUUUUUAAAAAGUAGAAUAUAUACCUACCUUCUUGUUUAUUCAGCUGUUUUCAGUAGGGGCAGAAACUUAUGUUAGCCAUUUUCAGCAAGUAUAUUAAAAACAACAUUUUGACACGUAAACAUUUUAUAUUUCACUUCCUCAGCAGGAGUUUUUAGAAGCGCAGGUGGAACCCUCACCCUCUAGCCUGCCUUGUGGCCUGGGUCCCUGAAUCCCGCCUGUUGCUGACGGUCACCAGUGGACAUGGCUGCAUGGGACCUGCCCUCCCUCUGAGAGGCUCAGCUCACCCCAGAAUCUCACACUUGCUUUAUUCAUGAGGAUAUAAAUCGCCGCAGGUUUAUACAAUUAGAAAUUUUUUUCACUUGCAGACUUACAAUUACCAGAAAUCAGGCGCGGAGUCCUCUUCUACAACUGCGUGAGCUUAAACCUUUACUUUUUUCUUUAGGCUUAAGUCUGUCCCUGAACACAAUUAUUUGUAAAAGUAAGAAGUUCUUAACUUGCUUUAACAACUGUAGGUGAAGGGCACGCUGGCUGUGCAUUUCUCUCUGGACUCUGCUUUGAUGGCUCCACUAAUUUUCAGAGGAAACUGUUAAUUAAGGUCUUCACUUUAAUUUUAUGGUUGAUGUUUAGGAAGAUCAUCUGCAGAGUCAGCCUCUCUGCAUCGUUGUUUAUAUGCUCUUUGCCGCUACUUACAAUCAGCCUUGGUUUGAUCUGGAUGGAAGGUCAACCGAGAAUUUUCAGUUUGUACGAAAUAUUGACAGAGGUUGUGCAUGAAAACAUUGCUGAGCAAAAUUCAUAUUUUCCAAAUAAAAAAUUCAAAAUUGAAAUUGAUAGCUGUGGGUAGUUCUAUAUACCAUUUGGGGAAUUUUACUUCUGGGCUCAACCUCUGGGAAAAAAAAAAAAGGUAAGCCUAGUGGUGGUGUAUCUAGCAUACAUUCUUGUGCAGAAAACAGAAGGUUCAGAUCAACAU